UUGCUCUUUGAGCUUUGAGGGUCUACAAAUGAUAAACUUCUGAGCCGAUUCUUCAUCGUGACCCCCUUUGUUUUCAUUGAGCGAUGAGUCUCUUUCACACGAGACGAGGAUCUUGUCGGGUGGGCACUGCAGAGGAACAAAAUAUCAUAUUUUCACCGAGUUCUGUCUUUGCUCUGCUCUCUGUCCCUCUUCAUCUCCCUGCAUCUGCCAUCUCUCCCCCACACCCCCGUGUUGGAAUAUCUUCAGAGUGCGCGCCUCUGUUUUUUCAUCAGGGUUAUGAAAGCUGAGAGAGGGGGAAACAGAUGAAUAAAAAGAGAGGAAUGAGAUACUGUGCUGAGGCAAUGUCACUGACUGAGAGCUCUGAGAAAUGUACAAGGGAAUAAGAUUGGGAGCUGCUGCAGGAGAGCACAGAUUUGAAUCUUGUUUUUUGGGGAUUCUCAGUCUCACCCCCCCUCCCUUUUGCAGUGUGGUGAUUUUCAUUUUUUCGCUUAGCCUGCUAGACUGUGCUAUAUUUCACUUUUCAUGUCUGUUUCUCACCAUCAGCGCCUCAUGAGAUAUGCAAAGAUGAGAACCUCCUCUCCAUGUCGUGGAAGAGAGCCUCGGCUGGGGAAAACGGUCUACAACAAGUGUCCAACGAACGCCACUGGGUCUGCUAGUCGUCGAUGUAUGCUGGACAAUAGCGGAGUUUGCUUUCUGGGGUCCUCCGAGCUUCGCCAGAUGCGUCUCAAUUGAAUAUAGACAAUUACAUAUAACUUUACGAGAACAUCUUGCGAAGGGUCAGAGGACCCUGGCUGGGGAGGGCAUGUCUCAGAUCGUACGGAGUCUCCUGGACCUCUUGCAGAGGAGGAGCUACUACAGUGGCGACCUUCUCUUCUCCACGGAGAUCCUGCGAAAUGUGACGGACACCUUCAAAAGAGCAACCUACAUCCCAGCUCCCGACGACAUGCAGAAAUUCUUCCAGAUUGUCAGCCACAUGUUGGACUUGGAAAAUGUUGAGAAAUGGGAGGACGCUCACCAGGUCGCUCCCGGCGCUGCUUUGCUGAUGAGAAUUUUAGAAGAUUUUAUUCACCUCAUCGGAGAAGCCCAGAAGCCUUUUCAGAGUUUCCUAGUGGUUACUAACAACCUGAUGAUUACCAUUCAGAGAGAGCCAGUGUCGGCUGUCUCAAGUGAUAUCAACUUUCCCAUGAAAGGACGAAGAGGGAUGAAGGACUGGGCUAGAACAGCAGAGGAUAAGCUUUAUAUCCCCAAAGAAGUCUUUACCAGCCCGACUGAAGAGACAGAAACAGAAACAGAAUCUACGGUGUACUAUGUCAUCGGAGCCAUUUUGUACAGAACCCUGGGCAUCAUCUUACCUGGACCCAUUCCCCCUGCGGUGGUCAACUCCAAGAUCCUAACGGUGACGGUGCAACCAGAACCAAAGCCAAGAGAGCCCAUGGUUGUGGUGGAGCUGUCACCACUUUAUAAUGGCACAUCGGAUCCUCAGUGCGUUGUCUGGGACUAUGGCAACCCGGAAGCUGGAGCAGAAAACUGGGGCACAGAAGGCUGCCAAACGCUCGCGUCAAACACUGUCCACACCAAAUGCCUGUGCAGCAGGAUAUCCACAUACGCCGUGUUAGCGCAGCAAGCUAAAGACCCGGACAUGGGUCCCACCAGCAUGCCCUCAGUGCCCGUCAUGGUAGGAUGUGGGGUUUCUUGUACCGCUCUCCUCAUCCUACUGCUAAUCUACGCUGCCUUCUGGAGGUACAUCCGGUCUGAGAGGUCAAUCAUCUUGGUGAACUUCUGCCUCUCCAUCCUGGCCUCCAAUCUUUUGAUCUUGGUUGGACAAUCUCAAACAGUGAGCAAGGGACUCUGUACUGUGACUGCUGCCUUUCUGCAUUUCUUCUUCUUGGCUUCCUUCUGCUGGGUGCUGACUGAGGCGUGGCAGUCCUACCUGGCAGUUAUUGGGAAAACCAGGUCACGAAUCAUUCGCAAGCGUUUCCUGUGCCUCGGUUGGGGUCUCCCAGCCCUCGUUGUGGCGGUGUCGGUGGGUUUCACCAGAGCCAGAGGUUAUGGGACGGCUAGCUACUGCUGGUUGUCCUUGGAGGGAGGUCUGCUCUAUGCCUUUGUUGGUCCUGCUGCUGUCAUCGUCCUGGUGAACAUGCUCAUUGGAAUCGUGGUGUUCAACAAGCUCAUGUCCAGAGACGGCAUCUCAGACAAGUCUAAAAAGCAGCGAGCCGGUGUACCGAUGGAGGCGCGUAGCCGACUGCUCCUGAAAUGCUCCAAGUGUGGCGUGAUCUCAAGCACCGCUUUGUCCAGCUCGACGGCCAGCAGCGCCAUGGCGUCCCUGUGGAGCUCCUGUGUGGUUCUUCCUCUGUUAGCGCUCACCUGGAUGUCAGCAGUGCUCGCCAUAACUGAUCGCCGCUCCACACUUUUCCAGGUCCUCUUUGCUGUCUUUGAUUCUGUCCAAGGAUUUGUCAUCAUCACCGUCCACUGUGCCAUGCGCAGAGAGGUGCAAGAUGCAGUGCGCUGUCGGAUGGGAGGAUGCAAGGACAACAGCGAAAAUUCCCCAGACUCCUGCAAGAAUGGACAGGUGCAGAUCAUGACGGACUUUGAGAAGGACGUGGACUUGGCCUGUCAAACAGAAAGAGGACACCCAUUCAUUUUCAAGGAGGUUAACACCUGUGACCCAGCCACCAUCACUGGAACCCUGUCUCGAAUUUCCCUGGAUGAUGAGGAUGAUCCAAAGCUUGCGGCUCAUCAAGAGAGGGGAGUCGGUGUCAACUUCAGCUCCCUCCCUGGUAACAUCCCACCUCCAAACCUCAUUGUGCAGGUUCCCACUUUAGGAGGCCUCAACGAGCUCAACGAGUCGCCCCUAAAGAAGGAGGUAAACGUGGACCAGCAGAAACAGCAGGAGCAGCAACGCAGCACUGCUCCAAUCUACCUGUGCACCGAGAGUGGCCUGGGAUGGGCUCGACCGCCCACUUCCUCCAACAACUCCCAGGAUGGAAGUGCAGGAAGUGGUGGAAGUGGAGGAGGAAGUGGUGGAGGAGUAGAGGGAGAUUAUAUGGUCUUACCUCGUAGGACGGUCAGUCUUAAACCUCCAGGGCCCUCCUCUCAAGGAGGAGGCCUGGGACUGGGUGGCGAGGACAAGCCCCUUAACAUUGCAGUGGAGGACCCUCCCUUCCCCCCACCUCCCUCUCCUCUCACCCUCCACCCAGCAGAGAGCGAGGCCUAUCCAGCAGACUUUGUGCUGUCCAACGUGGGUGACAUGAAUAUCACCAUGAACCUAAACCGCUCCUAUGGGACUAUCAAAACUAUGCCCCAUGGGCACGGCCACUUGAUGGCUCAGGGGGGUCAUGUGCACUCCCACGGAGGACACAUGCAUUCCCACGGGCAUUCACUCCACCUAAAGCCAGGCCAGAGGCCAUCUGUCAGACAGAUUCUGACUGGGGGAACGCCGGUGGAGAGAACCCGAACCCUCCCACGCAACCUGGGAAGCACCAACGCAAACAGCAGCCUCUCCGCAGGAUCUCUAGAGAGGAAGAGAGUACGGUACUCUGAGCUGGACUUCGAGAAAGUGAUGCACACUCGCAAAAGACAUUCUGAGUUGUACCAUGAGCUCAACCACUCGUCCAAGUUCCACACCAUAGACAGGUAUAACAGGGACCCAGCCAUGUCCACAUUCAAGGUUCCCUCUCCCCCACCACCGAGGCAUAACACAGAGCCAUCGCUAGCGCGCAGACCGUCUCUUGUUUACAAAGAAAGUCAACAGGGAAAAGAGAUGGAGCAUUUCGUCUACCGGAGGUGAAAAGAACUCGUUGAGUGACAAGUCAACCCCAGAAGAUCAGAGCUCCUGGGACAGCUUCAAGACCAUGACCCCCCAGCUGUCCAUCAUGCCUGGGGAGCAAAACAACCGUCUGGAACUGCACAAUAAAAACUGGGACUCAUCCUCAGCUAACACGCCCGACUCAUCCGAGGGAGACUUUCAGACUGAAGUGUGAAGACACACACAUACACACACACACACACACACACUCUCAAACAUUUUCAUCUCCUGUCGAGAUGAAGAUGCACACAGAGAUACUGGACUCUAGAAAAGAUAUACAUAGGUAUGACUUUUUUUUUCCUUCUUUGUGCGAGGAGAUGAGACACUCUGCUCCCGUCUCAUGCGACGUGCUUUUGGACCCCAUACUGUAUUUGUUUACAGCCACGGAGGACAGAUAUGAAGGGGGGACUGUUCUACUAUAUAUUUUUCGCAAAGACUACUGAAAAGAAAGAACAGGGGCUGGACACGUCCGUGACUGAAGACCGUUUUUAAAUGAACUUAAAGGAUAUAAAAAAAACUUAUUUCUGAGAAAAAAUGUCUUGAUUUUAUUCUGAAGAUAAGAAGAAAAUGUCUUUUGAGUGUUUGACAACACGGGGGGUGGGGUGGGGGGUGAAAAACAAGAAUAUUUCUGCACUUCUAUUGUUUUUUUAAUAGCAAAAACAAAAAGAUCUCACUGAUGUUCCUCAUGCUGAUAGUCCCUUCCCCUGCACCAAAAGCAUUUCUCUGUUUCCCUUCUAAAGAACAACAAAAGGAUUCACUCACUCAGAUUUUCUAAAUGUUUUAAAGUCCUAAUUCAGAUUUUUUUAUGGGAGAUUGUUGGAAAUGUUAUGAAUAAUUAUUAGAUUAAAGAAAGCUUUUAAUAUGGCCUCAAGAUGGAGAAACAGAGAUUAGCUCUAACUGGAUUGACAAGCUAACGGUUAGGCUCAGCACGAUCUGUUUUGAAACGGAUUUCUGUCAUAUUAAAAAAACGACUUUAUUUUGUAAAUAUCACUAAAUACCCUUUUUAAAAGUGUUCGGCACAGCAUAAAUGUAGAAUUAAAUGGGCAUUUACCCAGAUUCACCGGGUAUUAGCGAUGUUCACCGUCAGCCACCAAUGCGGUGGGGACAACUCCUAACAUCAAAAACCUCUUAUUGGCCACUUAACUUAUGACUAAUGAGAGAUAUAUGUAGAAACAGCUAUUUUCUCUUUAUACAGAUAAAUGCAGCUCAACAUGACAACAAAGCAACAAUCGUGCAUUUUUAUAUAAAAGAGACAUGUUUCUAAUGACAGCAGCUAGCCUUCAGAAAUUGGCAUGAUGAGCCCAUGAUUACAGGUGUGGUGAAGAGUCAUCAGGAAAGUGGCAUCAAUGAUCUCCGUACGUUAGAUGACAUGGUCUUUCACCAUUUACAGGCUGAAUGUCAGCAGGACCUUCUAUCAAAUAAAAAUGCAAUUGGAGAUAUUGAGAAAAGUAAGUUUCUUAUCGAUAUAAUACAGAAAGCAAUAGUAAUAAUCAGUCAUCAUUUCAGAAAAGGAACAGUUCCUGGUUUUAAAGAACAGGCUAAGUGUAGAAAGCCCGGUUGAAGAUGUAUUACUGAAUAAUAACUUAGAGACUGAAGAUGUUUUCUUUAGGAUUUCAGAAACCUUUAGUUUGCUUAUGUUUUAAUCUUUCCACUUAGAACAAUUCUCUGUUUCUCCAAGCUGAAGUCAUUCACAGUGCACCUUCAACAGGCUGAUUGUUCUUAGAGCUGGAUCUGAACCACCACUUUAAUCACAGAGUACUGGGGGAGGGACCGAGGUAAUCACUGAUACGUGCCAUUCUCCUUCCCGUUCAGCUGUGUCAGCGUUCCAUAGUUUAUAUUGUGUUUUUCAUGUUUCAGUCCAUGGUUUGACACUGUAAAACAGUGACUGAAACAAAUACGUUCAGAUUAGUUUGUUUUUAAGUUGUUCAUUUUCAGUAGUUACACAUGUUUUAUUUACAGAGACUGGGUUGUUUUCCAGAGGAACGUGAGGGAUGGUCAUGUUGAAAACGGCGUCUCCGUCUUUCUUUUACAAAUGCUUUCAUUGUGGCUGAACCUGAUCAGACCCAGUUAUAAGUUAGAUGCCAGAAGAAAGGAGCUCAUAUGUGCUCCAUUCAAAUUCCUUUCACCAUGCCGAUUUGAUUUAGCAACCAGCUCUCACUUGUCAGCCUAAUGGAGAAAUGGCGUUAGCUUUGUUGGCUGAUCAUUUGAUAAACAAGCUCAAGAGCAACAUACAAACAUAAAUCCAGUCUCUCCAAAUCCCCCAGUGUCUCAGGCUGCUGUUUCUCCUCCUCUCUCUCUCCCUGCCCAACAAAAAAACUCUGAAGCAUGAAAUCUUAAUGCUAGCAACAAGGCCUGAUGUAUAAUUCCUCAUUCACAUGGAUCCCCUUCUUUCCCGAGUCUGAGAGCACAGCAGCUGCCAAAAGCGGGCAUAAAAUAGAAAGAUAGAGAAGGAAUCACAGAGGUUAUGAGGCUGCACAGCGUCACAAUGAAGAGGAGCCGACCGUGAUGCUUCCUGUUUGACAUUCAGCAUCCAUCCUGGUCGUGAUGCAAGAGGAUGGCUGCUCGCCUGCUGCUGCUGCUCUAGCACAUUGGUUCUCCUCGUUCUGAAGGAAAAAUGUGUCAAAUUGCUGGACGAAUUCAAUAUGGAACUCAAUAACACCUCUGUCUGCGCUGCAAGCAGGUGCCAUUAAUCUAGAAGGCAGGAGGAAGAAACGAGACGAGUAAUAGAGGUGGAAAGCCAAGACAGACUCCAAAGACACAUUGGGUUUAAAAAAAAAAACUAAAUGCAGGCAGGACUGCAGAAGAAGCUCAGUGCUCAAAACAGUAAUUAUCCAGGGAUGAUGAUUUGUCCUGACAUUUUCCGAUGCAGCUCUCAAACCAUCUGCUUAAAGAUCCCUAAUGUGGUAGUAGAGCAGUGCAGCGCAGAUGGCGAAACAAGAGUGUUGCCCUCCUAACCUUCCAAGCUAAUCAGCUGAUAGGAAAACCUAUGGCUCCUCCCCUCUCUGGGGAGUGAGACCGGUUUCAUCCCAAGUUGCCAAGGUAAGGUCACAUUCACCCGACCUCCUGCGUGGCCUUGGGAUCCUUCUAACAAAGCCGUCGUCUGGCAGCUACACUCAGUAGGUUUCACUCAGUAGCAUUAUCCUGCUCUUCUCACGACUAUUAAACCGAUCUGUUCUGUUGUGUUACCAUGGUAAUAAGAUCUGCUGGAUGACAGAAACAAUAUUUCAGUGCAGAGGUUUUGUUCCAUCAGCUAUAUUUUUGUAUUAUGUGGACAGUUUUGAGCCCAGUGACUGUUUCAGUUCCUGGAAACUAAGUGAAAUGCUUCUGGAUGGAUUGAGUGGUCCACCAUGCAUACAACAGCCUGUCUAUUUUACAGAUUCUGUUUCGGUAAUGAAACAUGCUGCGAUAGUAAAUGGAAUUUUCAGCCAGUUUCAGCAGUAAGGUUUUAAUAAAAUGCUAUAUUCUCCCUUAUAGAUGGUUUCCUAAAGUUUGCAUGACUCAGGACUAAUUAGUUAACUGCUGGUUUAAGCUCAACUCAAACCAAAGUGGAAUCUAGUCAUUUGAAAGCAGCUGUGUCCUGUUAUAGAAGCAGUAUGGACUUUCCUCUCCCCAGCCACAUCUGCCAGCUCCUCCAAUGAGAUACCAACAUGUUCCUAAACCAGCACAGAGCUACACAGAUAUUUGCACCAUCUUGGUUUGGCCUCAGGGUCUCCUCCCAGAAGGAGAUGCACAAAACACCUCCCCCAGAAGGAACACAUCCUGACCUAAUGCCCAAACAGCCCCAGCUAGAGGAGCAGCAGCUCUACUCCAAGUCCCAAACUCAACUCUGAGACAUAGCCUGUAAUCCCAGCUGCUUGUGUUGGAAGUUUUGUUUUUUGGUCAUUAUCCAAAGCUCAUGAGUAAUGGUGAGGGUUGGAAUGUGGACUGAUGGGCAUAUAAAACAUUUGGCCUCUGGCAUCUUGUCCUUCUUACGUCAGUGGUUCAGCAUUGCUAAAAAACCGUUAAAGAAAGUGACACUUUGGCCUUUGGACUAGCUAGUCAGUCCAGAAAGAUGUAAACAGAGACAGUUCAAGAAGCAGUCUACCAUGGGAGACGGUUCUUUUUUUUCUUCUAACAUUUAAGCAGAAACAAAAAUUCCCAUUGGAGAAAACUGGUCAGCUGGUCCGUACAACAGCGUUUGAAGUUGCUUUCAUUUCACUGAGUGCUGAUGACACCAGAAGCUCACCUCAACCCUACAACCCUGAAUGUUCCACUAACUUCUAAAACCACGAUUUGUUACUGAAACCUCACCCUCACUUUCUCCCUCAUUUUUGGUUCUUUUUAUACAUAAGAUUGUACAAAGUAGUCCUCUAAUGUUUUCAUAGUGUCUUUUUUAUGAAAAUAAAUUUUCAAACGGA